GCGCCACAACGGCAGUUCCGCGUUCGAAGAGACAGUCGAGACUUGCUUGUAGGCAUUUGUCAGUGUUACGGUAAAAGACGAGGGGAAAGUAGGUUUUUCUAUACGAAACCUAGAAUGACAGAUAGGAAACCGUGUAAGGUGUGUAAUUUCACACGACAGAAAUCAUACGGGGUCGUAGUUCCAUCCCUGGACGAGUUGAAACAAAAAGGGUGUGAGUUUCUCGGGUACAGCCCUACUGAUCCGGUAACAGUGGUCCUCGAGAACGAUGGGACGAUAGUAGAGGAUCAAGCCUACUUCCUGUGUUUACCCUCAAACACAAAGUUCAUGCUGUUGCAUGAAAAAGAAACAUGGUCUCCAGUUCGCAAGAUGGAUGGUGGCACAGCUUGGAUGGCUAGGGAGUCGGUGCUGCUGGACACUGAUGCUGUGGACGCCGUCAGUUCAGCAGCACCCUGGUGGGGCUUGGCUCAGCAGCUGAAGCAGGACAUGGCGAGCGUCAUUCUUAUGUCUGAGGCAGAUCUACAGACCUUGGUGGAUGCCCCGUGUCCUGAGCUGGCCUCUGCUUUGGGCUUCCAAGAAAAGAAAGCUGAGGACCUCCAGGAGACACUGCAGAGGGUUUUGGAUCGAAGAGAGGAGGAGAGGCAGUCCAAGGAGUUGCUUCAACUCUACCUCAAAGCUGCAGAGAAAGAGGAUGGACAUCAGGAAGAACCAAGCCAGUCUGACCAAAGAGGUGCUGGAGACAGAGAUGUGCCGGAUGGAAUGGAAGUGGAUGCUGCAUCUGGAUUCAUGUCCAGGACACUGAUGGUCCUGAAAGGGAAAACAUUCCCAGAGACAAGGCUUUCCACCGAGGACCUGCAGAUGGUCGUGGCCAGAGGAGUGGAAGCGAUGGAGCAGGUGCUGGGCUGGGACACAGAAAGGACAACUGCGCUGCUGCAGGCCUGCAAAGCCGAACUGGCCACGCGUCUGCAGCAGAUUCAGGCCGUGCAAUCCGUCAGGAACAACACACAGCCGGAUGGCAACCAGCAGUCCAGCGAAAAGAGCACGGAGGAGGGUGUAGAAACGCCAGCUCAAGGCAGCGAAUAGGUCGAGACUACCUGAGCAGAGACUGAUAAGAAUUGACACUACCUGCCUCGGGGUCAGUGGAAUGGGAUUCACCCUGUGUUACUGAUAACAUCUUUACUGCUGGAAUACAUGAAUGUUAAGGAUGUUGACAUUUGCAUCAUUUUGUAAAACUCGCAAACCACUUGAAUGCUUUUGCCUCUGGAGGAAGCUGGGUGAUUUGCACAAGUCAUGUUUAUCAAAGGCAUGAUGACAUUAACCACUCGCAUCACUUGUGUAUUGGCUCCUUAUUUUGAUGAGAGCCACGCUGUGAAACUAACAACAGAUAAACAGAUUUAUGUGAAUCUUAAAGCCACACUUUAGCAUUCUGGGGGGAAAAAAAAACGUAUUUGCUCUCAUGCUGAGAAAUAGAUGAGAACAUAGAUAACACUCACAUGUCUGUCCUUUAAGUAUGAAGCUGAAAUAAGCAGCCAGGAAACAGAAGCAGAUAGCCUGGUUGUGUUCAAAAGUAGUAAAAUCUACCUAGCAGCACCUCAGAAACUCAUAUAUUUUCACAUAAUAUUAAUAAAACACCUGCAAAUAAUUUCCCCUAAAACCACAGCUUGUAAUAUUUACAUUUCUUCACUUUGUGUAUUUAAAUAAAUUAGAUGUCACACAUUGACUAAUUGGCUUUAGAGGUGAAGUUUUUUUAAAUUUUUGGACAGAACCAGGCCAGCUGUUUCCUCUAGUUUCCAGCCUUUACUCUAACCUCAGCUAGUUGUCUAGAUUCAUUUUUGGCUGUCAGAUAUGAGACUGAUAUCAAUCUUAUCAUUUGACAUUCAGCAUGAAAGCAAAUGAGGAACAAUGUGGGACUACUGCUUCAGUAAUUUAGAGAAAAUGUUUCUUUUCAAUUUGCCUUCCAGUCUUGUUUUGCAUUCUGCGCCCCCCCUAAACACAGCCAAUUUAGACAGAAGGUGAACACAGCUUUUUAUUUCAGAUCUUUUGAUAAUAGUUAGGAAUACUGAGAAGCAGCUAGAGGAAGCUGUGGAUGUACUUAGUUUUAGUUGGAAUUAAUUUACGUGUUGUCACUGAUACUACAUUUAUUUCCUGAGUCCGGGGGAACUUGUGGAUAGUUUGAAGUAGCAACAACUAAUCCUAUGCCUCUUAAGUCGUUUGUUAUAUUCCUUGAUGCUUUUACUUUUUUCAGUCAGUUUUAUAGUCUACUAGUAGUAAACUGAGAAUAUCUAGAAAACAGGCUCCCUCAUAGCGAAUAUUAAUCCAAUGAAAUGCAGCAUUUUCCUUUGGAUUUUACGUAAAUGUGCACCUCAGGGCGAAGUGCCAAACCUAACUGAUGUGUGACUAUUUAGGGAAUCCUCACAUGGAAGUAUGAAAGGUAGAAUUACCUCUGAUCCAUUAGUGCAGAAAUAGCUAAUCUGCAGACACAAUACCAAAGUACGUGUACAGCACUGACAGAAAUAGCAGACGGGAUCACGACGAGACUUACAUUUUGCUCUGAGAUGUAUAGGAAUGUUUUAAAAAAACAGCAGAUCUUGCAUAGGUAAGCAGAUAUGUUUGAAUGUGGUACACAGGCUAAUUCAUCAUUCCAACAAUAAAGAGACAAGAUGACACGUAUGUCACUUCAUUCACGCAAGCCUCACUGAGCACAUUAUGGGUGAGAAUGACGUAGUUCAGAGUUACAUAGAACCAAUAUUACUGCUUGAGUGCUCUUCAAGACUAUCCAUUAUAUAUUAUUGUGGAAGUUAUGUAUCAGUCUGGUGGCUGUGUGAUGUAAGAUGGUGUGGACAAUGUGUGCAGGUCCGUGUGACUCAUGUACAAGGUAGCUGCCACAAUGCCUGUCAUCUCAUUUGUCUCCUGAACAAUGAACGCAAAUGAUGCAUUUGAAUUUGGAGAAAGAUCUUUUUUCCGUGUGUGAUGUGCUGAGAUUGAGAUGUCAGCACUGUCUGUCUAAGCUGCGCGCGUGCGCAAUUGCGCACUGCUGACACGGUCUCCGCGCACAGAAACUCUGCGCACGCACUUGCGCUGCGCACAAAAAAAAAUCCAACCUAAAUUGUAAAUAAAAUAAACACGUAACAAUUCA